CAGGACAAACUCGACCAAACUGAGGGUUACUGCGGGCUAUCAUGCCUCUUUGUCAACGUACCCAAGACACUUGCGAGUAUCCACGGCCCUCUUCCGGACCCCCUCCCAGUUCUGCGGCUCUAUCGCAAACGCCUCACCUACGUCGACAUCUCCGUCUACGUGGGCAUGUCCUUCUGCUCAACAGCGCGUGACAUCUUCCUCCCGCACUACAUCGCAAAGGAGCUUGCAGCCCGACGAGUGGGCAACGCCUGCUUCGCGCUGGAAUCCUACACGGGGCCCCUCCCACCGCUCAUGGCCAUCCGCCUCUAUCUCUCCCACCUGGACCCGCAUCUCACAGGCGGGUGUGAGAUUGCGCUCGACGUGCGCCCCUCCGCUCUCGACGAACUGGAGAUGAUUCAGCACAUCUUCCUCCGUCGGGCGCUCCACGUCAGCAAGCGUUCACAGAUCGCACCCCUCCACUCGGAGACUGGAAUAUGGCCCCUGCGCUUCCGCCGCCUAGAGCUCGCACUGCGCUUCUUGCGCUAUCUCCUUACAGGCCAGCCCGCGCUUGCGUACGCGGCACUGCGUGAGAGCUGGACGCUCGCGAACUCCGACCGCCCUACGCCAACGUGGUGGAGCGACCUCACCAUCGCCGCGCGCAUGCUGCCCGUACCCCUCGUCAUCGCCCUGAACCAAUGGCCCACAGUCGAGGCCGUUGACGGCUACAUUGCGAGAAUCCCAGGGCUCGUGGCCGAGCACCUUUAUACCACCAUCCUCCAGUCCCUGCGCCUGCCGGUGAUACACCGCCGUGUGCAGUAUGACUGCCCCACCCGCCCGCUGAUCGCCAAGCUGUGCUGCAAACGCGAAUACCUACAGCUCCCCCACCACCGCGAGCGAUCCGCCAUCACUCUGCUCCUCAUGAGCGAGCAUCCGCUCUCCAUCGAGCAGCUCCGGCGAGGUCCCACGCGCAUUGCGCGCGAACUCCGCAUCUGCCGAUGGUGCACGCAACCCUGGGCCAUCGAGGACGAGACCCACGUACUCCUGGAGUGC